UUUAGACAGAGUGGAUUCCAGUAGAAAAACAACGACCAAGGUCUGAAGAGAGACAGAAACUCAGUGUGAAACUACUUGAAACUAACAACCAUCCAGUGGAGUGAGGCGUAAAGAUACUAGUUUGUAUUUAUUUGUAUUUUAUAGAACCUUUUCAUAGGCUAAUCAUGGCUUUUCUGAUCUACCUGACUGUACUGACAACAGCCGUCGCCACACAGGUGACCGCUAGCUGCCCAGCAGUGUGCGAGUGCCCUGCAGACCCCCUGGUUUGCCCUCCGGGGGUUAGCGCUGUGUCGGACGGAUGCGGGUGCUGCAAGGUGUGUGCCGCUCAGCUCAACCAGGACUGCAGCCCCAUGAGGCCUUGUGACCACCACAAAGGGCUGGAGUGUAAUUACGGCAACGAUGUGACCAUGGCCUGGGGCAUCUGUCGAGCUAAAUCUGAGGGACGUACGUGCGAGUACAGCGGCAAGAUCUACCAGAACGGCGAGAGCUUCCGUGCGGGCUGCAAACACCAGUGUACCUGCAUCGACGGUGCCGUUGGCUGCGCUCCUCUCUGCAACAACAAGCUGCCGCCAGCUUCAUCGUCCUGCCCCUACCCGCGGCUGGUCAGGAUACCUGGGCAGUGCUGCUUCAGUGUGGACUGCCAUAAGGGCACCUGGCGCCUCCCACCUAAGCAUCAGGUGCCUCCACCACAACAACACCUGCCCAGACCUCAGCACCAUCCAGUUCCGCACGGACCUGAAAACGAGCUGGUUCUGGCCAAUGAGCUGGCAGAUGUUAAGUCCAGCGGCUGGGAGAGCAAACAUGGCUACAAACACGUGCCAGUGUGGAACCACCUGAAGGAAAAGAAGUGUCAGGUGCAGACCACAGACUGGUCCCACUGCUCUCGCAGCUGUGGGAUGGGCGUCUCCUCUCGAGUAACCAACAAGAACCCCCAGUGUAAGCUGGAGAGAGAGAUGAGGAUCUGCACCAUACGGCCAUGCCAAAGCCUGACCGUCCCGGCCAAGAGAGGGAAGAGGUGUUCCCCAACCCAGAAAGCCCCAAAGCCUGUCCGCCUGUCCUUCGGAGAGUGCGUGAGCGUGCGCCUCUACCGGCCCAAUUACUGUGGCGUGUGCACAGACGGACAGUGCUGCUCACCACGCCGCACACGCACCGUACCUGUGACCUUUACCUGCCCGGACGGAGAGCGUUUCCAGAGGUCGGCCAUGUUCAUCCAGUCAUGUAAAUGCAGCAAUGACUGCGGCCACCUCAAUGAAGUGGCCCUCCCCCCGCAGCACUGGAUGUAUGGGGACACACACAAGUUCAUAGACUAGAACUGAGGAGUUCUUUUUCUUUUUUUUUCUUUUGAUAUAAAUGUGAUGAGGUCAACUUUCUUGAUGAAAGAAAAUGCUUCAAGACGAGGGGCCAUUUUUUUUCUUCUCAUCUGGCUCCAACUAAGUGAAGACCACAGGCACCCACCUGACUGCAAAGACAGCAGGCAGGGCGGCCUUAGUUUUAUUCACAAUCAUGAAGGCAACCCGUAAUGUAAUAUGUGUGACCGGAGUGGAUUAUACACUUCCCUGCUCCUGUUCAAACAGACGUGGGACCUAAAUUAGAGCCCAGAAGCGGCCUUGGACUUCCUCCACUCUGGACUGAUUGCUGGUUCAGGUGUGGAGGAUUUUUUUUUCUUCCUUUCUUUUUGAACCCCUCAGAUCAGCCUGAGAAGAGAAACACUACCAGAGCAACAAAGCACUUUGUUUAGCACUGAAAUUUACUGAGCUAUAGCUUUGACAGCAGUGCACAAGGAUCACUUGCAUCAAUAGCCUCACUUACUGUGAUGGUAAAGACUCUAUAUCCCACAAUGCAUUGCAACUACUCAGUGACAGGCAGCAAAAUAAUAUUUUUUUGCAGCUUUUAUGUUGAAAACUCCAGAGUAUAAUGCAAAAUGUGGACAAAGACUUUUUUUUAAUUAGGAAUAUCUAAAGUCAGCACGUUACAAACAUUGACACAGACGGCACCGACUGUGCUUUUUUUUUUAUGAUGACAUGUCAAGCCAUCUAAAACUUUACACACAGCAAUGAAUGACAGUGUUUCCUUGAAACACAGAAUAUAAAUGAUAAGGAAUUAUCUGGAACUGAAACAAGCGUCAACAGGGACUGGACCAAUGCCAACGCACUUCCCAAAGACAUUUGAUUUCUUGUUUGUGCAUUAAAUGCAGCCUAGAGAAAUGUCUUACACACACCUGUUUUCCUUGAAUUUAUUUUGGAUCACACUGUAUUCUUCUAAUGCAGCUUCUUAAUUUUGAUCCAAGUUUGUAUUGCGGUCACAUUUAUUCACUUCUGUGGAUUGAGACACCGUAAUGUAGCUGUCACAAGUUUUUGUUGGCCCAUCCAUGUGAUAAAACUGGCUGCUGGGCUCAAGUUUCAUGUGAGGUUUUAUUUUAACUCAACUUGUUCAGUUUCAAAUUAUCCCACUUGGCAGAAAGUUAAAAGUCAUCAUCUGUUUGUGAAAACAGUGGCUGUGUCUUCAAACUAUGACAAUAGCGCCCUCUGCUUGUGAGAAUAAUUACCUACAAUCAAAAGUGACACCACAAAGUUUUUAUUUUAUGAUAACGUUUGUGUCAGCUUAUCUUUAAUGUAACAUCUUGACAUACAUGUGCAAAAUUAAACACAACACCAUUGAGUGAUGUAUAAAAAGUUUAUUUCUUUAACCAAAACAAUAUAUCCAUGGUUUUUAACAAGAAAAGCACUAAAACAAGCGCCCCACAAAGACAUGAUAAAAUAAAAUGAAAUGUUUUAUCAUUAUAAACUUGCCAACAAAUAUGGUGGGAGGGGGGACUUUUUUUUUUUUUUUUUUUUUUUU